AUGGAGUUGUCCAUAGACGCAUUGAAGGAGAAGUUCCUAAACAUGAAUAGUGACAUCGAGCUCAUCGAGAGAAAGCUGAAAGACGAAAUGUGCAAAAUGUACGAAGAUGACAUCAACCCAUUCCUAAUUCUUAACGAUUUUGAAACUAUAAAAAGUGAGCUCCAAAGAAUUAACAAAGAAUUAAACGUCCUGUAUGAACGGAAAAAAAUGACCAUACAAUACAUGCAUAGGCAAAUGCAAAAUUAUAACUUUUUGCUAAACUUGGAAAAUAAUUUAAACAUCACUUCCAAGGAGUUUAUAAAUUAUCAUAACUCGGAAAUUAUUCUGAAUAAUUUUUUUUACGACAAUAUAAAGAAGUUUUUGUUGAACAUAAAUUACGACGAAAUUAACGAGUUGCUACAGCUGGACCAUAUGCAGAAAUGUGUGGACAACAAAGGGGAACAAACAAGUGGAAACAACUUAAGCGAUUUAGGGAAGGAAGCACCCAACGGGAAACCUGCCCCUGUCCCGUGUGAUUCGGCCAAUUAUAAAAAUUACGUAAGUAAUAUCGAUUUGAAGGACAACGAAAAAAGGGAGAUUCUGAAUAACGGAAACGUCACAGAGGAUAGCAGAAACGAACAGGUGAACAAAGGAAAUGCCACCAAUAAGGAGAGCUUGUUUUGCCCCAUCGACGACGCUACCUUCCAGUCCGUCCCCCCGCUGAUUCGACGGCGGGCCAAGUUGGACGACAUUAACCUGAUAUACAAGUCGCUGUACGACAUGGCCAUAAAGAAGGGCAGCUGCCUCCCCGUGGAAAAGUCCGAGCUGACUCAGAUGAAUCUGCAGGUCUUUGGACAGACAGGAGAAGCCAAAAUAGCUACCUUGCGAUAUCUGAAAAUUAUAGAAGUUAUUAACAAGUAA